AUUUAUUUUAGUUUUUUCGUCCAACGUAAACGUAUCCACUCUUUCGCUUCUUCUUUCUUCUGAUCAUCCUCCCGUAGCUGAUUCAUGGAGUCAAUCCACUGCAAUAGUUUACUAAACCCUAAUUUCUCCUUAAACCAGCGUCGUCGGAGGAUUAAUCACGCUGUUCUUAAUCGGAGAGAUGCUCUUUUGCGAUCCCUCAACGCCGUGGAGUUGCGGCGGAGCAGGACGUUCUCGGCUGUACGGACUUCUAAUUUCUCAGUUACUGCGGCGGCGACGGAUGUUGGUGGUCGGAAUUCGACGGAUGCAUCGGUAAUGACAACGGCGAUGAGCGGGGUGGAGAGAGGUGUGCGAGUAGGGAAAUCGAGCUCCGCGCUUGAGCAGCUAGAUAUUGAGCGAGGCGUUUGCGUUCCAUUCCGAAAGUAUUCUCCGGAGACUGUAUGAUUGCUGUUUUUCCUAGUAUCAGUCAAUUUCAAGUUUUGAGCUCUGUUGCAAUUUGUUAAUUCACUUAUGAGCUGGUUCUUCUUUGGAUUUAGUUGAAUCUUAUGACUUAGAUGGAAUCGAUUUGCAUGUAUAUUGUUGUUGAUUGUUUGAAUUGGAAAUAUACUGGUGUUUGGUAAUCAGGUGAGGAGUAAAGUGCUGGAAUCAAGAGGAGCAGUCGUGUCUCUAGUUUCAAGGGGUGUGGAGAUUGUUUGGACUCUUGGGUUGUAUUGGUCUACCUUAACGUAUGAUUUUUUGGUUGGAAGGGAUGAGGAAGUUGUCCCCUUUCGUGCUAGGCAGCUUAGGAACCUGUUGUGCAAUUUGGGACCUUCAUUUAUCAAAGCUGGACAAGUUCUCGCAAAUAGGCCUGAUAUCAUCCGUGAAGACUACAUGAACGAGCUCUGCAUACUCCAAGAUGAUGUUCCUCCAUUCCCAAACGAGGUUGCUUUCAAUAUCAUCGAGGAAGAGUUAGGCCAACCUCUUGAGAACAUAUUUAGCAAGAUUUCUUCACAAACAAUAGCAGCUGCAAGCUUAGGACAAGUUUAUCGAGCUACUCUACGUGCCACUGGAGAGGAUGUUGCUAUCAAGGUGCAGAGACCACAAAUAGAGCCUAUAAUUUACCGGGAUCUCUUUCUUUUCCGAACCCUCGCCUCCUUCUUAAAUGGCUUCAGUCUACAGAAACUGGGUUGCAACGCAGAGCUAAUAGUUGAUGAAUUUGGAGAAAAGCUUUUGGAGGAGCUUGACUACACCUUGGAAGCCAGAAACAUUGAAGACUUUCUGGAGAACUUCAAAGAUGACCCCACAGUCAAAAUUCCUGGAGUAUACAAGAAUCUUUGUGGUCCGCGGGUUCUGGUAAUGGAGUGGAUUGAUGGUAUUCGGUGCACUGACCCACAGGCCAUCAAGGAUGCAGGGAUUGAUUUAAAUGGAUUCUUGACUGUUGGCGUAAGUGCUGCUCUAAGGCAGCUGUUGGAAUUUGGAUUGUUCCAUGGAGAUCCACAUCCUGGAAAUAUCUUUGCAAUGCAAGAUGGGCGUAUCGCUUAUGUGGACUUCGGUAAUGUUGCUGUACUGAGUCAGCAAAACAAGCAAAUUUUGAUUGAUGCUGUUGUUCAUGCGGUUAAUGAGGACUAUGGGGAGAUGGCAAAUGAUUUCACUAGGCUUGGGUUCUUGGCCAAGGAUACCGAUGUUUCUCCUAUCGUUCCAGCUUUAGAAGCCAUCUGGCAGAACUCUGCAGGGAAAGGACUUGCAGAUUUCAAUUUCCGAAGUGUUACAGGACAAUUCAACAAGCUUGUGUACGACUUUCCCAUCCGUAUCCCAGAGCGGUUCUCUCUUGUUAUUCGUUCUCUGCUUACGCAGGAGGGUAUAUGUUUCACACUGAAGCCUGAUUUUAAAUUUCUAGAGGUUGCUUAUCCAUAUGUAGCAAAACGGCUCCUAACGGAUCCAAAUCCUGCACUUCGGGAACGCUUGAUACAGGUUCUAUUCAAAGAUGGUGUUUUCCAAUGGAAAAGGCUAGAAAACCUUUUAUCACUUGCAAAGGAAAACGUCGCCAAGAUGAGUAGCAAUCCUAAUCUACGAGUAAAGCGUGUGGAGAGUAAGCUUGACUUGACAGAUACCAUUAAGGACGGAGCUCGUCUUUUCCUCCUUGACGAAGGCAUCCGCAGGAAACUUAUUCUUGCACUCACAGAGGACUCGAAGCUUCAUGUAGAAGAGCUUGUGGACGUAUACAGAUUGGUUGAAGACGAAGUAGAUAUUCCCACACUGGCCAUGCAAGUCGUGCAAGAUUUACCGAAUGUUUUCCGAGAUUUUGUGUUGUCAUGGAGCAACUCAGUAUUAUCCGACAGAUGAUGAAUCAGCUUCUCACUUACUUUUUUUGGCUCUUUUUGAAGAGGAAAGAGGUAAUAUAUAUUACAGGGAGUAGAUGGAGAAGAAAAGCGUAGAUUAAUAUAUAGUUUAAUCUUCGAUGCAUACAUGUUAUUAACUUAUACACCAAUCCAUACAUGUAAUUAUAUAAAAGCACACACAAACUUCACUUCACUUGUUACCCAGUUUGAGUCUUGGUCUCUUGGACGUUGUCUACUGUAGUUGGAUAUCUAAACACAUUAAUCGACGUCAUCAAAUCAAAGUUGUAGUGUUCUCACAACACAACUGAUUCACAAUCUGGACUCGAAUGAAUUGAAUCGUUUUGCGUCUCUUGGGUCUUGGCCUCGCCCUCGAAUACUGGAAACUAAACUGAACCAAAUGAUAUU